AUGGUAGACGUUGAUACAAGUUCAAAUCCUGAGUGGGCUUCGAUAAUACAGGAGUUAAAUAUAUCUAAAACAGUUAAUGAACUAGAAAAAAUGGACAUUGUUGGUAAGUAUCUAGAUUCGGUUGAUAAGUGGGAGUCGUUCUAUGAAAUAUAUGCAAAGUGGAUGGGGUUUGGCAAAAGGUCAGAUGACGUGAAGAGAAGAAAUGGGGUAGUAUCAAUGAGAAGGUGGGUUUGUACAAGAGAAGGUUAUAGACGAAGUGAAUAUGUGGAUAUGCCCAAUCGCAAAAAACAAUCAAGACCAAUCACAAGAUCUGGAUGUCAAGCAGCCCUCAGAGUGGUUCACAUGAAAGAUAACGACUUAUGGUUGGCAAAAGAAUUUAGCCACGAACAUAAUCAUGAAAUGGUAUCGGUCCCUGAGUGGCAAUUCCUCAAGAAUAAUCGUGUGGUGUCUGACGGUUUUCUUGCACAAGUUCGUUCGAUGAACUCAGUCGGGAUAAAAACUUCUCAGAUUAUGUCCCGUAUUGUUAUGCAGUCAGGAGGUUAUGAGAGAAUGCCAUGUCAAGUCAGAGAUGUGUACAAUAGAGUAGCAGGAGCAAUUAGGGAAGAAAAACUGGAAACUGAUGCGGAAGGUGCAUUAGGAUUCUUGGAUUGUCUUUCUGCGCGAGAUCCAAACUUUUUUGUGUACCACCAAGCUGACACAGAAAACAAACUCGCCAACGUAUUCUGGGCCUACAGAACUGCAAGAAUUGGCUAUCGGGCAUUCGGGGAUGUGAUAGCAUUUGACACAACGUACAUGACCAACACGUACAACAAGCCAUUGUGCAUUUUGAUGGGUGUCAACCACCAUUUCUCAACUUGUGUUUUUAGGUUUGCGUUGCUCGUAAAUGAAAAAAUGGAGACUUACUCAUGGAUGCUAAGAGCAUUCUUAGAAUGUCACCAUAAAAAAAAACCUUCAGUCGUGGUCACUGACGGGGAUAAUGCAAUGCGUGAGGCAAUAAAAGAAAUACUUCCAGAAUCCACACAUCGAUUAUGUGCUUGGCAUCUAAGCACAAAUGCAUCUAGGGCUGGUAAUGAUCCUGGAUUCACGAAAGCAUUCAAUAAUUUGAUGUACUCUUACUACAACGAGGAGGUGUUUGAGAACAAAUGGAAAGAGUUGAUGGAGACAUAUCAAAUGGAAGACAACGAAUGGUGCCAACUCCAAUACAGAAGAAAGCGAAUGUGGGCAGAAACCUACCUCCAUGGGCAGUUUGUUGCUGGAAUGAGAACAACACAGCGCUGCGAGUCAAUGAAUUUCUGCCUAAAAAAAUUCCUUUUGAAGAGAUACACCCUACGUGAGUUCGUUACAGCCAUUGACAUCGCGGUGACAAAAAUAAGGCACAUCGAAAGAGAAAAUGACUUUACAACGAAGCACACGCUCCCCAAUCUCCCAUCCUCAUAUGCUCUUAGUAUUUAUUAUGAUCAGUGUGCAAAAUUCUACACCCGGGAAAUGUACUACAAAGUGGAAUCAGAAAUCAAAAGAGAAAAUGCGUAUUUCAUCAGCAGCUAUGAAGAUCAUGCAAAUCACACUAUCUUCAAUGUUGGAAAUUUUCGAGAUGGUCAAACGAGAUAUAAGGUCACUCGUACUCUUGGAACAAACCAUUUCGAAUGCAGUUGCUUAUUCUACGAGACUAACGGUUACCCAUGUAGACAUAUUUGGGCAAUGAUGAAGUCCUGUUGCGUAAGAAUAAUCCCAAAUUCACUACUCUUCAAACGAUGGAGCUUGCAUGCAAAAUCCCAUCCGAAAAACAUGGAGAUAAGCCAACCUAUUCAAGAAGAGUCUGUGCAUUGCGAAAUGUCAAGAUUCGGUGCACUUAAUUCAAAUGCUACCAUGAUGAACUUCUGCGCGUCUAAGUCACCACAAUAUUAUAACACAGCAAAGGAGGAAAUUGCUCGUCUCACUGCCAUUUUCAAGGAAGGUAUGGACAUCCAAGGAGUGUCACAGGGCACAUCCACGAGGAGAUCGUACCGAGAAAAUCCAAACAUAAUGCAAGACCCAGUUAGAGUCAGAACAAAAGGUCAAGGAAAUCCAGGGCAGCGAAGGGACAACGGGCAUGGGAUUCCAACAGACGGAUCAGGUUUCAGACAAAUGGCAUGUGGAGCAUGCGGUGCCCUUGGUCACAACAGUCGAACAUGUCCCAAUUGUGGCCGCACAACUGGAAGAGGAAGAGGGGCAAACACAAGCAGUGUUAGUAUCGAUCGGUACACAGAAUCGGGGAAUGAACACGCGGGAGGUGAAAGUGACAUGCCUUAUUCAACGCAGGAGUCUUUUGGGAAUGAUUAUGAUGAUCAUGUGUAA